AUGCUCAUGUCUCCCACCACUGCAGAGUCACAGAAAAUUUCCCUUUUGGACCGAGGAAUGGUGUACCACAUCGAUGCGACUUCAAUGUCAUCAGUGUCGCAUGGCACUGGUGGCAACGAUGGAAGUGUGGGUCUCUCCGGGAAUAACGCAAACAACAAUCUGCACAUGAACCCCCCAGUGUACAGCUGGUAUCCCAACCAGAUUCACCAGAUGCUGGAAAAUGCCCUGCCAGUCUGCAGAGUGCAUUUAUAUGCAUAUAUUAAAAAUGGAAGAAUUAUUCAUGAUCAUGUAUAUUGUGUGGAGAGGAUCGUCGUGAAAUUACUUCUUCACAGGCGUGGCGUUAAGUUCUGUCUUAGUCCUUCACGGCAUCCAGUGCAAGAAACGGAAGGAAUCGCGAAGCACAUCUUGUCUGCAUUGGCCAUUUUUGGAUAUGUCCCUGGAUUUGCAUAUAAAAAUCUCAGGCAAAUCAGGAUUUCUUCGCCAAAAAUAAGACAAGAUCAAGGAUCCCCUAUCGGGAGUUUUUGUGCAAAGGGGGCAGAAACUUCCCUCGAGCCACCUCCUGCAGUAACCAACACCAUCGAUCUUCAGAUGGAUGACUGCCUGUAUGAUGACUUCCGGCCUCUGCAGAUGGAGGAUGUCCCAUCUUCGUUGCUUGGGGAUUUAUAUGAGAUAGAGAGUCCAACCCAACCUUCAUUUGCUUUUUCUCAGGACUAUCCAUACAACUACCUCUCCGACUUCGAUUCCGUGAAGAAUGAAGCCUCUUUGACGCCGACGCCUUUGGAAUACCACUUCUCCGAAGGACAUAGCCCUUACGUCCUGUCAACGGCCGACUCGCCCUUCCUUUCUAGCCACACAGAACCUUUUCUCUCGGACGUUCCCUUGUAUUCUCCCGCGACACCAUCCACCUCACUGGAGCCGGACUCCGAUUCGCAACUCUUAGAACUGCCUAUCUUCGUCACUGUAUCGGAUCUCACGUCUUCUUCAUCGCCCUCAGUAUCGUCUUCAUCCUUUCCGGAGGAUUUUCCUGACCCAUCGCUUUCUACUGAGGCGGAAGCACAACCCGCUCAUCAGGACCUCUCGCCAUCUAGGGACAAGCGUAAAUGUCUACAAUCGGACUUGCAGGCGUCUUCAGCUUCUAACUCGGGCACGGAGUUUUUGAGCCAUUCACCACGGUUGAGAUCCGAAUUCUUCUAUCACAAAGACGACGAAUCGGAUUCUGAUAUGGUCUACCACCCUAGUCCAGGACCCUCGAUCCCCAAAAAGAGGACUCGGUCAACCAGGACGACGAAGUACUUUGGUGAGAAGGAUGGCAGAGGCGACGAGCUGCAGUUUGUUGCAGAUGGCAGUAAGAAAAGUCGCGGAAGGAAAGUUCCUGUUGCUCCGAAGUUCCGUCAAGAUGAUCAGGCUAAAGCAGAGUCUCACACGGUGCUUCCAUCGAUUCCGUUCGACGUGAAUCUGGCAGGCGCUCCCAACAAGGACACGAGGCGAUAUGUUUGCACUUACGAAGGAUGUGGAAAGUGCUUCACUCGAGGCCCGAAUCUGAGAGGCAUGUUAAGAGUCUGCAUUUAG